CUAGUAGUGUGCUCUCCAUUUGCGCUCUCUAGUCGACUGUUACGACGACUCUCAGGCUCUGCUCGUCCCGUGGAAAAAUGGCAACAACCGUGAAAUUGAACAGCGGUGCACCAAUGCCCAUUGUUGGACUGGGUACGUGGAAGUCUCCCCCUGGAAAGGUUACAGAGGCGGUGAAAGCAGCCAUCUCAGCAGGAUACAGACACAUCGAUGGAGCAUUUGUCUACCAGAAUGAGGCAGAGGUGGGAGAGGGUGUUCAGGCCAUGAUCAAGGAUGGAGUGGUCAAGAGAGAGGAUCUGUUCAUUGUUAGCAAGCUGUGGUGCACUUUCCAUGAGAAGUCAAUGGUGAGGCAAGGCUGUGAGAAGACUCUCAGUGAUCUUAAACUGGACUAUCUAGACCUUUAUCUUGUGCACUGGCCCAUGGGUUUCAAGGCUGGCACUGAGCUCUUUCCUUUGGACAGCGCAGGAGAGACGAUCAACGAUACUACUCAUUUCCUGGAGACAUGGGAGGGGAUGGAGGAACUGGUGGAUGCUGGUUUGGUCAAAGCUAUCGGUAUCUCCAACUUCAACAAGGAGCAGAUUGAAGCCAUCCUCAACAAGCCAGGCCUCAAAUACAAGCCUGCCAACAACCAGGUGGAGUGCCACCCUUACCUGACCCAAGAGAAACUGAUCAACUACUGCCACUCUCAGGGCAUCUCAGUGACAGCUUACAGUCCCCUUGGGUCCCCUGACAGACCCUGGGCUAAGCCAGAAGACCCUUCACUUUUGGAGGAUCCCAACAUUAAGGCUAUUGCUGAGAAGCACAAGAAGACAUCCGCUCAGGUACUGAUCCGCUUCCAAAUCCAAAGGAACGUGAUUGUGAUUCCCAAGUCGAUCACACCUCAUCGCAUUCAGGAGAAUUUCCAGGUGUUUGACUUUGAACUAACCGAGGAGGAAAUGAAAACUAUAUUAGGAUUCAACAGGAAUUGGAGAGUCUGUCCCAUGCAAUGGAGCACGAAGCACAAGGACUAUCCAUUCAAUGCUGAAUUCUGAAAUGAAAAAUGCUGAUUUUCCACAGGAUUGCAGUGGGUGCUGGGGUUUCCUUCUCUGUGCUCUAGACUGCUUGCUUUCAUAUAGUUUAGAGCAGGUGGCCUUGCGUCCAUUUUUCAUUAUUGUUACAUGUCUCAGGAGAAAUGUUUUUUUGUUACCCAGUUCAUCUCCUUACAGUUUUACAUACUCUCCAAAAACGUAUUUAUAGCCAAGAUGAAAAGCUCAAAAUAAAUGCAUAGAAAUUGAUAUCAUGUUGAGUUUUGUGCUCAAUUGGGACUCUUUGCACAAGAGCUUAUUUGUUUUCUGUCUGUGGAAAAAUCUACUUUUAGUUUGUUGUCAACAUGCCAUGUUAAGUUACUGAAGAAUAAAAUUUGUUCCAUAUAGUUUUACAUGUUUGUUGUAUCAAAUGUAAGAAGAAAGGAAAAGCUCCAGUAAUUCUUACAGCCAAACCACACGCAAAAGUCAGUAUUUAAAUCAAAGCACAUUUUUUAUACCAAAAACAUUAUAUAUCCAGACAUGUAAGUGUCUUCAAAAGCACUCCUCGUUUUACUAAACCUGUCGUUCUCCCCAUGUUGUCUGUCAUAACAGUGUUUUUCCUGUUUUGACUGCAAAGAAUUUAUUCCUAUCCCAGCAUUUUUUUUUGACAUGUCUCACAAUGAUGAAGCACUUUCCAAUAUUUGAGUCAUAUGUGGUGCUUCAUGAUAAAUCAUAUAAUAACUGUUAUGAAAUACUUGCUUUCACUUCCUGUGUGAGCUGUCUGUAAAGCAUUACAAUACUGUCCUGUGGAUGAAAAUAAAGUGAAGAAAUCACUCAAGCAAGUGCACUGUUUAUGCCUCUGAAUGCCCACUAGGGGUCAGAAAAGCCAAUGGUGUAACUAAGAAGAGGAAUACAUGAGCUGCUGUUUGGCA